UACGUUUUUGGGCGUUGUUACGCGUGUGUAGAGUUGGCUCAUAUUGAGAAUGAAAAAUUUCCAUAAAAUGCUGCUGUCGUGUGAUUCGCUGUGAACACUCCGAUCUACUAAAAGAAUAAGCGGUGUGUAGCAGUUAGUUAUCAAAAGUGCUCAACAAUUAUUUUCGCAAGUGAUUAGAAGCGCGGUUUUUGAGUGAUUUAACAAAAUUCAACAUGACUUCCUGUGAAUUGAAAACUAUCGGCUGGAAUACAAAGAAACGUCGCAGCUGCAGUGAAGUAGCAGAACUUACAGCACCACCCAUUUCAAAUGAGGAGAAUUUCAUUUACAUAACGUUGGCCAAGGAAAGUCCACUCCGAGUGCUAGAAUCUGAUGAAGAUUUUUAUAACAGCUUCAAUGAACAAGAAACAGACAUCUGCAAUGAUUCUAGUGACAUAUCUGAUAGCGAUACUGAUUCGCAAUGCUCAAGUAUAUCACAACCGUCAUUGGGCGAUGGACCCGUUGACACGAUAGCCACAAUGCAAGUGGUUGAAUAUGAAGUAGCAAGUGCAACAGAAUCAGAAGCGGAAUACUUGUCGGAUGCAUCCUCCAGCGGGACUGAUGAUUAUAUGCUGGCAGCGUUUGCACAAGCAGUGGCAGACAAUUCGUCCGCCACUGAAUUCGCCAUUCUGGCGGAUACCGAGGAGUCCGAUAGUCAGUCAUCGUAUGAUAGUGAUUUUGCCCCGGCAGAUUACUGGAAAUGUGUCAAAUGUAACAAUAAGCAAAACAAUCCCAUGUAUCGUUACUGUGAGAGGUGCUACCAGGUACGUAAAAGCUUAUUUCCUCCGCGCCCUAAGCAGAAACGAAAAUUACGAUCUAAAGAGGUUGUUAAGAAUGGGGAACUUUCUGAUAGCAGCACAUCGUCAUCAUCGGAAAGUUUAUUGUCGAAUGCUUCGGCAGAUAGAAUUAGGAUAGAAUCUAAUAAAUUCCAUGGGAAAAGUUCCAGGUUAAGCGGAAGAACAUCCACAGCUAGGGUAACAGAUAGCGAUAGUGAAUCCGACAUUUGCAUUGACAAAACUUUAUCGUUUCAAAAACAAUUGAGUGACACUGACAAGACCUGUUCGAAAGUGAAGCAAGAUUCUACGGAAAGUAAAACUAAAAUUACUCUAAAACGAAAGGUUUCAGAUGAUUUUAAUUCUAUUGGUCUUAAAAAACGGUGUGGCAGCGAAGAAGUUUUACCAGCCAAAAUUGAUAAAGUUCAACAAUUGCAGCUGGAUGUUUUCAAAGAUUCUGGCUUUAGUUCAUCAUCAAGCCAAGAACGUACACCAACUGAAGAAGAAAAAGGUCUUUUCGAGGAAACUUCUUCUCAGGAGACAAUAGAAUCCACUCAAGAUGACUGUCACUUAGUUGCAAAUCUUGAUAAUGCGAAUGUUCUUGAGCUAAAUGCGCCUAUACCGAAAGAUAGACAGCACUAUCCAACACUAUCGCAAGUAUCAUGCAUGUCGGCAGACUCAGUGUUAUAUUCCCGUAAAAAGGAAACAUUAUUUGAUGAUAAUAAAGCAAGCUUGUUGCGGGAAUCACAAUCGUCGGACUUAAGUACUUUUUUGAACAGUUCGGAAAACAAUCUAGGCUCAUGCAUGUUUUGCUUAUCUGAACCAAAAAACAGUGUUUUUGUUCACAGUAAUUUUGUGCAUUUGUGUUGUUGUUAUAAAUGUGCAAUGAAAGUGUGGAAACAGCGCAAGUCUUGUCCAAUUUGCAACUGCAAAGUCAAAAAUGUAAUGAAACUGUUUGUUCAUUGAAAAUGAGUGAUAUCUGGCUGUUUUCAAAAGGGAAGAGACAUGAUUACGAAGACUUUGAGAAUAGAGUCAGUUCUUAGUGGCACGUGCUCAUAACAAAAAAUCGAAUUCAAAUCACGGGCAGGGCAAAAUUACAUAAAGCUAUUACCCCACAAACUUAUGUGGUACUGUUAUUGUCAUGAAGAUCGUUUAACGUUGUCACUAGCAAAUGUCAGACAUAAAGGGUAAUGAACAAGGGAUUAAGCGAGCGAACACGACACAUCCAAGAGUCCUUUCGUGUACUUUUACAUUUAGUAUUUUUGAAUUACGAAGUGUGGCUACUAUACAGGGUGUUAGGUUGAUGAGUGCAUUUUUUUAAGGGGUGAUAGAGGACCAUAAAUGAUGAAAAAAAAAAAAAAAUGUUCUACGCAUAUGGUCAAAUCUCAACCGUAACGUAGUUAUUGAACUUUCCAUGUUUUGCUGAACUAUGCUUGCCUUAAACUGGCUAUAUUGAAAACGAUCAAACUUAUCGCAGUUUUUUAACUCUCAUUCGAAAGAUUAUUAAAUUUUGUAUUGCGCAUUUCCCACCCCACUGGACGGGAGCGGGACAUUUGGCAUAAAGUCAUUUGGCAUAAGGUCGUUUGGCAUAAGGUUACUUGGCAUAAAGACAUUUGGCAUAACGGUCAUUUGGCAUAAUGGACAUUUGGCAUAAUCGAAAUGCACCCUUCUUUAUUAUGCCAAGUAUCCAUUAUGCCAAAUGACCGUUAUGCCAAAUGUCUUUAUGCCAAGUGACCUUAUGCCAAACGGCCUUAUGCCAAAUGACAUUAUGCCAAAUGACACAGACCCCCACUGGACCCCUAUCACAGUUAGUGUAAGUGCGGGAUCGUAGAUAAAACUUAUGCAUUACAAGGUGCUUAAUAAGUGCGCAGAAGACACCGAAACGAUUUGAUGCAAUAUCGCAGUUUUAUUCACGAUCCCGCACGUAUACAAACUGCGAAAGGGGUCCAGUGGGGAAGGAAAUGCGCAAUAUCAAAUCAGAUCUUUGAACCUGUUUAUUCUGUUAAAAAGCUUUGUUUUUUAGAACAAAGAAGUUCAAAAGUAGUUACUUUGACCUGUUUUUUGUGAAUUAUCUUUGAAAAAUGCGUGUGAUAAAUUAGAAUUCUCCGUUAGGCAAAGUUGUGCUCCUUAUUUCGCUCCAUAAUACAACUGAAGCCUCGUUUUUGCGCACUGUGCCUCUCGACUCUCGAGUUGAGAUUCUCAGUUUUGAGCUUCCCGGCGGGUGGUGAGAAUUUGUUGAUUCCGGGAUUUGGAUUUUUUUUAUCUGUAUUAACGAGAUUUUUAGCCCUACACUGCAAAAUACCUAUAGGGUGCUGGUAAUCAGCAAACUUUGCUGAUUUUUUGCGUGCUGAUUGCAUUUAGCAAUACAAAUUAAUGAGUAUCAGCAAUUAUUUUUCGACUUGCUGAACCAUCCAGAAAUUUUGACAGUUGAUCAGCAACUUUGUGCUGUUGCUGAAAUUCAGCAAUUUCUUUUGCUGAUUUUUUUACGUGCCGGAAGCAUUUUUAAAAUUUUGGUGUGUAGGCUAGUUCAUCUCGGGACCUACGCUGUACUUCCCUUCCGAAGGAAGAACUCACAUUUUGUGAGUAUGUCAGGAGUGGGAUUCGAUCCCAAGUCCUCGGCGUGAUAGUCACGUGUUCUAACCCAUCCAACCAGCUCCGCUCCUCACAGGGAUUUGGAAAGAGUCGAGAGACACAGUGCGCAAAAACGAGCCUUCAGCUGCGGCUGUAAAUUUGUUAUGCAAAAUGCGACGUUUAGAUUAAAAUUGCAAGAAAACUACAAGAGCUAGAACAUUGAUUUCAAAGAACAAAAAACAUUAAAUUUUGCAACAUUUACAGCUAUAUUCGAAAUUUCAACGAUUAGUUUUUGUCAGAUAAGGUUCAAAUGAGGAUUAUACGUCAAAAUUACACAUUGAUUGCGCUUAUUUUACUGGAUUUGGUGACAAAAUGCUUAAGCUGCUCAUUAUGCCCCGCCUACCCCUAUUUCACGACGUAAAUAGUUAUUUAUGUAAUGAGUUGCAAAAAGUUGAUUUUUUCAGCACGAGUCGCUGAAAAAAUCGGGUUUUGCAACGAGUUCCAUACAAAGAUUUAUGCAAUGAUUUUUUUCAUAAUGCAACCCAUUUGAGUUGCAUAAUGUUCAUAAUGCAACUCAAAUGAGUUGCAUUAUGAACAUUAUACAACUAUUUUUCAUUAUGCAACUCAUUUCAGUUGCAUAAUUUACCAGUUCGAAAAAAAUGGCCAUUAUGAUACCAAAAUGAGUUAUAUAAAAUAUAAAUUAAGAUACUAAAUUGCAUAAAAUAUUUUCUGCGGUGAUGAUGAUUAGGUUCCUGAGUGCAAACUUUUAAAAGGGUGAUAGAAGACCAUGAAUAGUUCUACGCAUAUGGUCAAAUCUCAACCGUUACGUAGUUAUCGAACUUCCCAUGUUUUUUACUCUUAUUGCCUUAACCCUUUGGAGCCGGAGGGGUCAUAUAUGACCCCGGCGAUGAAACCGAGCAUAACAAACGUGUUCGACACCAGCGAGGUUGCGUCGACAGCCGCGAAACAAAUCGGCUCAAAAGGUUAACUGGCUAUAACUUGAAAACGGUCAAACUUAUCGCAGUUUUUUUACCCUUAUUCAAAAGAUUAUUGAAUUUUCUAUCAAAUGUUAAAUCCUUUCAACUUUCACUAUGGGAGCGCCCUUGGAUGAACCAAAUGUCAAAACCACUUUUUAUUUUCAUAGAGCUUCUAUGAAAAGAAAAAGUGAAUUUGACGUUUGGUUCAUCCUAGGUGAACCACUUCCCCUGGUCUAUCGGGUUGCGCAAAACGUUGGCAUAACUGAUCGUCCUAACAACAGUAUUUUUUUGCGAAUGAAUUUGUCAUAUAAAGAAUGACUCAGUCCAUAACGUAGCCUAUGUGCAACUUAACUUGUUUAACCCUUCAGGACGCGCGUCGUUGUAAAAUGUACAACGCUGUGAGAAACCCCGGCUGGUCGUAGGGUAUGUGUGCCAUCAGUAAUCUCACGCUCCCAUAUCCAUCCUAUUCGAAAACAAGCGAUUACGGCACCGAUUGAUUCCGUUCUUUUUAUUUUCAUGGGUGCUCACUUCUAACAAAAAAUGCAAAAAUAAGAAACAAAACAAACAGCGCUUUAAUCCUUUGUUUUUCGUAGGUUGAAAAUGGGAGCCACAUGCCUAAUAAGGGAACCAAUACCCUAUAUAGCGCGAGCGCGGUGCCGUUUCAGCUGUUUGAUGGCGCGCGUCCUUAAAGAUUAAUCGUGACUUAUUUGAAUCUUGACCUAUCUUGUCAUUACCAAAUAUGUUUAAUUGGUCGUGGCCUUUGCUAACCUUCUAUAAGGCCUGUAGUACACAAGGUCAAAUAUUUGACAAGGAAAGAACUCAAGAAACAACAUCAGUCUGACACUAGGGUAAAAGCUCCCUUAGUGGAGGUAGUAUCAAUAGUGGUGGUAGUGGCAAUUCAGUACUUUUUCUACCAAAAAGCUCUCAAAUGACAUUUUGAAUAGAUGCAUUAUACUUGAUUAAUAACACUAAUUAAGUUUUGAAUUUAGGAUUUGUCGAAAACCCUAUUUUAAACAAUUAUUUUCCUUAACCCUCUAAUACCCAAUCCCGCCUUUAGACGGGGUAUAGUUUGAGCAUUUUUGUAAUUUUUGUUUCAUAGAAAAUCAUUUUUUUAAUAUUUUUGGCUGAUAUUUAGGACUGUUUUGUAUAUCUCAAAAUAGUUUUUGGUGUAUUUUAAAGCGUAUUUACAUUUUUUAAAAAUCAUUGAAAAAUUGAUGUUUUAGUCACCUUUUAGAAGUCAUUGUUUAUUUUGUAUUGAAUCGCUACAAUUAACAUAUUUUAAAUUUUUCCCAAAUCAUUCUAUCCUUGUUUAAUAGUUUAAGGAAAUCGAAUACACUCUAAAAUUAUUUUCCUUAAAAUUACACGGAAAAUAAAAUUUUCAGUGAAAAAAUUUUUAAAUAAUAAUAUUUCAACAAUAAUCAUAAAAUCUCAAAAUGUUUUUAUCUCAAAAAAUCCGUUCCCCAAAUUGGCUUCCAGGAAAAAUAUAAAAGUGUGGGGAUGUUCAAAAAUAAAAAUUAGAAAAAUCAAAAACUAAAAUUCACGAUUUCGAGAAUUAAAAAGAAUUAUCUUCCAGAACAUGUUUAAAUCGAUUUUAGAUGACGAAAAAUGAUAUUUAGAUCAAAAUAAAAAAUUUGGGUAUUAGAGGGUUAAUUUUUUUGCUCCUUUGCACCUAUAGUGGUGGUAGUGUUCCUAUAGUGGUGGGUCCCAUAAGAAUUCAAUGGGAUGCGCCACUAUAGGAACCAAAGUUAAAUUUUACCACCAUUACAGGAACCGUGUACCAAUAGUUCACUCAGCCAAAUAACCUUAAGAUUUCCAUAAGGCCCAACUUAUGAAACAGCCUUUAAAUAAUUCAUAAUGAUUCGGAUGAAUCACGGAGACAAUUUUCGUUCGUUUGACUCAAACUCAAUUACAUAUUGAUUUCUACAAUACCCAUUGAAGAGCCCCCCGUUCCGCCGUCGAGAACAUAAACAAAACUCUCAAGUUCCAGCUGCAUCACCAAACAAGAUUUCCUCUUGCAAAAAAGGCAAGUUUCAAUGGACUACCCGCUUUGCGCGCAGCCACAGUUGAUCAGCAGGAGUAAAUCAAUUUAAUUUUGUAUGGCGAAAUGCAUCUAAACUUGAAUUACUUGAAAUACAAAGCUUUUCCCGAAAAAAUAUUUGGUAGGCUUAAUAGUGGUCACCAUUGUGCACAACCACUACCAAAUAUUUUUUCGAAUAAUGUGUUCCACUUCGAUAAAUUUGCCUUUAGAUGCUAUUCGCCAUACAAUAUUUUUGCGAUUUACUUUUAGCGAUUUUUCGCGCAUAGAAGCUAGCGCCACAUUGGUCGAUGCGGAGAGUAGGAAAACAGGCGAUGCAGGUAAUUAAUUGAAAGUGCCACGCGGGAAGUAGAUUUUUCUAGAGAAGGAAAUAAUUUUGUAAAUUUAAUUGGAAAACAAAUAUAUCCGUAGGGCCGACCUGCCACAAAAAAAAACAAAAAAAUUUACAUUUGUUUCUAACAUAACCAGUCAGAAGAUACAUGUUUGUUUCAAAAAUGGAUUGAAUUUGCUUCAAAUGUGACGUUCGACUUGCUCCAAACAGUUUUAUUUUUGUUGUCAGAACAAAUUGACAAUUUAUUUGAGUUUACCUGAAAUAUUCUUGAUUUUACCAUGCUUUUUUCUGCGUGAUUUCAUAAGGUCACUCUAUGACGUAAAAUCGUCUCACAGCUUGGCUUUUAUUCAUGUUUAGCAACAUAGUAUUCUCAAGCGUCGGUAGCCGUGUGGAUAAAACACGGGCUCGGUGAUCCCGACGUACAUGGAUCGAAUCCAGUCUGCUUCAUUUUGAGAUUUUUUGUUCUUUUCAUAAGUCUAUCUUAUGAAAUUUGUCAUAGCAAGCACGAUCAAUUUUUAUAAGGUUUUCUUAUGCCAUGCAUAAGAAUAAGUUAUAGCAAAUUUUCAUAAGGUAUUCCGAUUAAUUUCGCUAGUUUUUUUCGCUGAGUGUUGGUGCAAGCAAAAACUUAAAUAAACGAUGUUUUUUUACAUUUUUCAUAGCCAAUUUAAGUGAAAAACUACCGAUUAACGUUUUUAGACUUUUUAUUUUGUGGUAUUAUCAAUUUUAUUCAAUUAUUUUCCUACAAGGAUCUACUAAUUGCACCACUAUUGGUACAUUUACCAUAAUGAAAAUUCAAUCGAGUCAAAUAAGAUGUUUAAGCAUUGGUUUCUUUUGGACAAAUAUUUGACCCUGUGUACUAAAAGCUUAAGCCUUUGUGCAACAAUCGACCAAAUAAUGGACUACCCGCUUGGCGCACACAUACAGUUGAUCAGCAGGAGUAAAUCCAUUUUAUUUUGUAUGAUGAAAAGCAUCUAAACUUGAGUUACUUGAAAUAGAAAGCUUUUACUGAAAAAUAUUUGACAGGCUUAAUAGUGGUCACCUUUGUGCACAACCACUACCAAAUAUUUUUUCGAAUAAUGUAUUCCACUUCGAUAAAUUUGCCUUUAGAUGCUAUUCGCCAUACAAUAUUUUUGCGAUUUACUUUUAGCGAUUUUUCGCGCAUAGAAGCUAGCGCCACUUUGGUCGAUGCGGAGAGUAGGAAAAUAGCCGAUGUAGUUAAUUCAUUGGCGACGUAAUCAGCCGAUUAUACCGAUUUAUUUCCCGUUUAAGUCGAGGGAAAAGUAGAAAAGAUAUUUAAUGGGGUUGUUUAUUUCGGUUCACUUCUACUUCCCUUCCUGAAAAGGACGUCAUUUUUAUGUGAAUAUAUCGGAGAUGGGUUCCAAUCCCCUAUGAAUAACUGCACGAAUAUAUACUGGCCAAGGUUGCGAUCAUUCAUUUGCAAAGAUUUACAUUCAUUUGCUAUUAUCUCAGUUCAGAAGCAUGCUAUCGAAAAACAAUAGGGGGAUUCACUAAACAGCGUAAACUGAUUAAACUGAUUAAACGUCGCGAUCACCAAGGCAAUCUUUGAUUAUUUCAUUCGCAAAAUCGUGAAACAUUUCAAAUAAGCGGAAAAUCAUGGCUUACGCAGCAAUUUAAUCUGUUUCGUGAGUACCCCUAAUGUAUAAGUGAAUUUCACCUUGUAGUUUUAUCUGAUAGUUUGCCGAAUAACAUUGGGUUCGCAAACGUAUACCAAAGUCGUGAGUGAGCUGUGAAGGCAACUCUCCACGCGGUGAAUGUAAAUUUCAUUCACGCUGUGGAAAGUUGCCUUCAAAGCUCGCUCACGACUUUGGAAUGCGUGUGCGACCCCAAUGUUAUUCGACAAACUUUUAGAUAAAACUACAAGGUUAAAUUCAUCCAUACAUUAUUUUUCGAUAGCAUGCUUCUGAACUGAGAUAAUUAAUUACCUGCAUCGGCUGUUUUCCUACUCUCCGCAUCGACCAAUGUGGCGCUGGCUUCUAUGCGCGAAAAAUCGCUAAAAGUAAAUCGCAAAAAUAUCGUAUGACGAAUACCAUCUAAAGGCAAAUUCUUCAAAGUGGAACACAUUAUUCGAAAAAAUAUUUGGUAGUGGUUGUGCACAAUGAUGACCACUAUUAAGCCUACCAAAUAUUUUUUCGGGAAAAGCUUUGUAUUUCAAGUAAUUCAAGUUUAGAUGCAUUUCGCCAUACAAAAUUUAAUUGAUUUACUCCUGCUGAUCAACUGUGGCUGCGCGCAAAGCGGGUAGUCCAUAGCAAAUGAAUGUAAAUCUUUGCAAAUGAAUGGUUGCAACCUUGAUACUGGCCCGCUUACUCUCACACGAAAUUUGACGUUUGAGCGGUGUCGGCACGGCUCAAACGUUAAAUUUCUCGUGGGAGUAAGCAGGCCAGUAUAAAUUCGUGCAGUGGACCAUACCACCCGCGAGAUGUUGCAGUGAAUAAUAUUUAAAAGAAGUAUUAAUACACGCAAAAACGGCUACGCUCAAAAAUGUGUUCGGCAUGCACAUUUUUAGUAAACAUCCAUGCCGCACAAUGGCUGUGUUGGAAACACACACUUUUUGAAAUUGCUCGUACGCUCACAUGAGCAUGUAUUUUGCAACAAUGGACUACCCGCUUGGCGCACACCUACAGUUGAUCAGCAGGAGUAAAUCCAUUUUAUUUUGUAUGGUGAAAAGCAUCUAAACUUGAAUUACUUGAAAUACAAAGCUUUUACUGAAAAAAUAUUUGGUAGGCUUAAUAGUAGUCACCAUUGUGCACAACCACUACCAAAUAUUUUUUCGAAUAAUGUAUUCCACUUCGAUAAAUUUGCCUUUAAAUGCUAUUCGCCAUACAAUAUUUUUGCGAUUUACUUUUAGCGAUUUUUCGCGCAUAGAAGCUAGCGCCACAUUGGUCGAUGCGGAGAGUAGGAAAACAGCCGAUGUAGUUAAUUCAUUGCGAAAAUUUCGCAUUUAAUGGCAACCUCUCUGGGUUUAUAAAACACCUUCAAAUACCGAAAAACAUUGAUAUUUUGCAAAAAUGUGAGCGUACGAGCAAUUUUAUAAAAUGUGUGUUUCCAACACAGUCAUUGUGCGGCAUGGGUGUUAACCAAAAAUGAGAGUUUUUAUUUUAGAGAGUAGUCCUGUGUGUAAAUGUCAGAAGCGAUCAAACGUGCUGCCGCAGAGAUGACGUUCGUAAAUGCAAAAUAAAAAUGUUUGUCUAGUCAAAGCAAAAGCCUCAGCAUAAACAUUUGCUUUUAUGUAGAAGCUGUUCAAUGUCGACAAAAAUAAAUUAAAAUAUAUAACUUGUAAAUUUUAUUCAUCACUAUUUUGUACAGUAAUGCAGUCAAACGCAUGACGAUCUGCUUCCCAUGGAAAUGUAUAUUUUGUAAAUAAUUUUGUUAAAUUAUUAACUUAUUGAAUUUUGCCAAAAAGUGCAAUUCCCAGAUUUAUAACGAUUAAAAAAAAAUGAAGCAAAAAUUGAAGUGAGAUAAAAUUAUUAAUAAAAUUUAUUUCCAGGUAUCAAA